GCUCCUAGCCAUGCGUUCUGGGACCCCCACAACCCCUCGCGAACUGCUGCUGCGGCUGCCCACUCGACUUUCCUCGUCGUUCUCCUCCUUCCUGCUCUUGCUCGCCACCAUAAUCAGCCCCGACAAUUCAAGCAAUUCAAUGCAACUGGUCGUUCCAACUGGUGUUUCUGUGCAUCAGAUCUCUCUCUUGCAGCUAGCCAGCUGCAUCUGCUGUUCCCCCCUUGCGUUUGAUCAGGUGUGUUGGACCUCACUGCGUGCCAUGGGAGCUUCGGGUUCGUGACUACUUUCCUGCUUGUGUUCGUGUUGGUGUGAGCUCAACGUGGAAGCCUAAGGGUGUUUUCUGUACUGCCCGCGAAACGCUUAUCAGCUUCACGGCGACGAUUCACUGUCUGUCGCAGCGGAUUGAUUUUUUUUCUCGAAGGGAGUGAGUAGUGGGUAUUGGUGAGUUUCACUUUGGGGGAGCGUAGGUGCUUGUGCAGGGGAGGAUCAGCGUGGGGCAGCUGGAUUGCUUCAGGCCUCUGUCGAAGAUCAAAUCGUAUAGCUGAGAAAUCCCAGAGAUUGAAGCCUGGGUGCCAAAUAUGACAUGAGAGCUGCGACAGGAUUCCGAGCCCUCCGAAGCAUAGUUUCAGAGGUCUCGAAAUGCUCCACUGGAUAGCAGCACGAAAUUGAGUCAUUCUCAGGCGCCGCAGAUGUUUCUCCAACCUAUGAGCCGGCAGGAUGAUGCGGGAGGCCAAUUGUUGAGGGAGCUUGAAGCUUUGAAUCAAGUGCUUUACAGUGCAGGGCACCAGAAUGGUCGAUCCUCUCGGAAAGAAACGCCGUCUUCUCCUUACCUCGGCAGCGUACCCUCUCCUCGAAGACUACAGGAACCUAAAUCUCCUCUCCUCGGAAGCAGAUUCUUCCAACCUCCAUCGCCUCACCUCGGUGGUAGAGCGUACCAAGCUCCUCCAUUUCCUUAUCUCGGAUCUAGGAGAGACAGUCAGGUCGAGGAAUCGCCCUCGUCGAAUGCAACCUCGUACGGUAGCCCUAGAGGUAGGGACAUCCUAUUAGAUGACCAACCAUCAUCGCCUUACCUAGGCGGUAGGAAAGGCGGUGUCCAAGCUCCGUCUCCAUAUCUCGGAGGACUGGAUGGGCCGCAAAACGAGCCUAGGAGUCCAGUGAUAAUAAGCUUGAAUGGUAACAAUGGCCUGUCUUUUGGGAGAUCCGGAAGCAGGAGAGACGGAUCAGGCAAACCUCCUUUGCCUGAGCCUGUAUCGCCAUUCAUUAGCGCCCGUCGAAGUGUAGACAGCGCACCAUCUCCGAGGACUCAGUUCCUACGGUUAUCGGAGGACAAUCCUUCGAGGUCUCCAUUGAGUACUGGGGGCCAAUUUGCCCAUGGCUUGUCGUCUCCGGUUCUGCGCGCUCGACGAAGUGAGGACAGCCCGCGUAUGGGCAGCAGGGCCCAGGAACCGCAGUCGAGGUUGGGACGAAUCGAGGAAACAGGGAGGUCAUAUUACGAGAGGGAGCGAGGACUUGAUCAAUUGUCUCGUGGAAAUGGGCCACUAUCGCCGCGUACUGGAUUACCCCGCGCGUUGGACGAUUCGCCGACGGCAGUGAGCUCGUUUGGAAGCCUGGAUAUUACCGAGUUCAAUCUGUCUCCUGCUGCAUCUGGGAUUAGAUCUCCUCACCAACGACCUCCGCUUCAUUCUAGGAUUUCUCCUCUUUCGCAAUCAGAGGAUCUUAGCAACAUGAUUGAGGUUUACAGGCUUGAUGGUGGAAGAGAGAGUAUAGGAGACCGUGGAUUACAGCCUUGGCACUCACUGGGAUCCGAGAAAUUCCUCCCCGAGGUGUCCAACUUCCCGGUGUGGCUGGAGGACAAUGUGCAGUUUAGCAGACAGCUCGUAGCAUCGAAGGAGAAGAAGGGUCUUUGGAACUGGAAGCCCUUUCGAGCCAUCGCGCACAUUGGCCACCAACGUUUCAACUGCAUGUUUACGGUCCACGUCCAUGGCAUCCAGGGCCUUCCUGCCGUCAUGAACGGACUUCGCCUCUCGGUCUCGUGGAAGAGGAAAGAUUUGCAUACGCAAACCAUACCGGCUCGGGUUUUCCAAGGCUUAGCGGAGUUCGAGGAGACACUAUUUUUGAAGUCCGUCGUCUACGGUACGAAAGAUGGCCACAAGGGUGUGAAAUUCGAGCCUAGAAACUUUGACUUAGCGGUGGUUGCACCGGACAUUGACGAGCACGUUCUUGGAAAGCAUAGACUCGAUCUUAGCCGUCUGCUUCCCAAGUCCUCCGAGGGCGGAGACGAGGAGGAUGACCGCAGCUGGACCACUAGCUUCAAACUGGCAGGGAAGGCGAAAGGCGGAGUCCUGGUUGUUACCUUCGGAUGCCAGCUCCUGAACAAAAACUCGGAGCCAACGAACAACUUGUCCAGCGCGAGGUUCAGCGAUUCUCCGAUGGUAAAGCCCAUGCGAUCCUACAAUAGUUUGCCGACUUCUCCAAAGGAAUCGAGCCGAGGAGGCAGGCCAUUGGAGUUAAUCAGGUCCCCCUAUUCUCCUGCCAUGUCCGAGCUUUCAAAUGACGCGGAAUACAUGAAGAUGGAGCACCUCAACCUCAACGAUGACUACAGCCCCUUUGGCAAUGACGGUGGCAGUGGGCAUCACCGUUUCAGUUUUGGAAAGAGCAGCCUGAAGGGGCAGAUUCGGCCCAGCUUUGAGUUCCAGGGGAGCCCGAAGAAGCUCUUCGAUGAUCUGCCAGCGACUCAUGAAGCGGGUGAAAAUUUGACGAUAACAUCCACCGAGGCGUUUUACGAAACAACUUGGGAUGAGAAUGAAGCUUCGACGAACAAGUCAUGCGAGGAAUUAUAUGAGGAGGACGAUGGUUCUGAGUUUACGGUAGUGUGUCAGGGGCAUGAAAUUAGUUCUAUUGUUGAUACGGCUGCGCCGGUGCUGGAGUAUGACGACCCUAAUGCCGAAAACGACAAUGUCAUAGGAUUGCCAGAUGGAGAUACAGACGCUGAAGUCGCAAUGGAUGUUACUGAACCUCAGCUCGGCGUGGAGCUGUCUGAGGCCGGGGAGGUGUCCUCUACUGAUAUAGAUUCGAAGACAGAGCUAUCCGAUUUGGGUGACGCGGUUUCGAAGCCAAUCGCUCCACAAGCGUUGGAAUCUGACAGUGAUAACAAGGCACUUUUGAUGGUUGAUGACGCCGAUGUUAAGUUUGAGGAUAGAAGCGAAGGUAGUGCAAUUGAAAAAGAAGUGGUAAAUAGUGCGAAGCAUCAGGAACAACAUGGUAGUAUAGUUGAUGUUCCAGAGGAUAAGGGUUCAGGCUUUGAAGAGGAUUCGGAAGUUGCAACCGACUCACUAUCGGUUGCAGCGCCAGCCAGCAACGCAGACGACGUAAACCGUCGAAACGAUUUCUCAUUGGAUGGGAAAGCAGAAGCAGAAGAAGAGGACGACACGAGUGUGAUCUUUGCGGACAACAAAGAUGAAGAAAACACCGUUGUCAUGGACUUUGUGGAACGCAAUGUUGAAGUAGAGGAGAUGACAAUGAAGAUGGCAGUUGCAGAGAGCCAUGAAGUAGAUAAGGAAAUGACACCAAAUGUUGUGGACUACAUGAAUAGCAGCGUCAAAGAAACAAAGCCGUUGACAGCUACCUGGCUCCAAGUGAAGACGAAGCAAGAGUUUGACGAUGAUUAUGAUCUCGUCGCCGGGGAGUUCUUGAGCUUGUUGAGGGACGAUGUGAGCUCCGUGGCGGCCACUUCUCAAAGCGGGGAAGAUUCACCGCGUGCUUUGCUGUUGCAGCAGUUUGAACAGGAGGCACUGAUCGAGGGCGGCUUGGAUUUCAAUUUCCACUUGCCAGAGUAUGCGAAGUUCAGGGUUGAAGGGGCGCAAGAGAAGUCACCAUUGGUUUCUGACGACAUGGACAUCCCAGAUUGGGACGACGAAUACGACGACGAAUUCGCAGCUAUCAUGGAAAUUGCUGAAGCGGAGCUCCAGAAAGAAACGCAGCUGCUGCAAAGCAAGGCGCGAGCAAAACUGCUUGAGGAUGAGGAAACCAAAUUUCUCAUGCAAGAGUGGGGCCUCAACGACAAUGCAUUCGACAGACCUGAGGUGACGCAAGAUGACAGCCUUGCGAUUGUUCCUGUGUUGCCAGUACCUCCAUCAUGGAACAUGCUGCACUCUCAUGGCGGCGGUUCCUUUCCUCAUUUUGAAGGGGGUGGAGCAAACCGGCAGAUGCUGUUCCAAGGACCCAAAUUAGUUGAGAUGUUUUCAGAAAAAGACGCGCUCGGCCGGAUGGCUGUGUCGGGGAUGCAAGAUUUGCGGCUUUAGGGUACGGCGACCGUAACGCACUCACACUACGGGACAAUAGCAAUAUGUCAUCGAUUGUGCACACAUUUACAACACAUAGGGUUGCAUUGUUGGAGGCCUCACUGGAUCAUCAUUGCUUACGAAAUGGCAGAGCCUGUACGUACAUUCUAGAGAGUUGAGUGGAUGUUAUGAACAACUUGAGCAGAAACUGAAGGAGGGGUGGAUGAAGCGUAUGCUCUCUCUCGUCAUGGCCAAUCGUGAAAGACAAGCGAGUAUAUUCUCUGCAAGCGACUCGCUGGGCGAAACAUCUGAAAUACUCCGCGCUCAUGGUUAUUGCUCUGUUCUAUCCUUCAACAACGCAGGUAUUUCAGAGACUUAGACCUGGGCAGGGGAUUUCGUAAGCCGGUUUCACUGAUGUCGAUAAUGCUCAUGAUCCACGUUUAUCGAAAGUCGGUGAAGAACAAGCAAAAACCUUAUAUCAUUUCAAGGAUCAGGCGGGGAUCGAUGCGUACCAAUCCACAAAACUGCACCCGGAAACAAACGGAUCUGGGUUCACAAGUACCCAGUUGUUUUGCGAGAAUAAAUAGAUGUUGAGUAGAACCGAUCCUGAUUACUGGGCACAUUGUAAGAUUGUCCUUGAAGAUCACAUGAUGUACAUAAGCCUACGGGGCGUAUAUUUUUUUUUUGCAGUUUUCAUUAAUCUAGAAGCUUGUAAUAUGCUUGUUAAGGUAAAUAGAUGUUGACAGGAACUGUCUUGAAUGAAACAAGACGCCAUGCGUUUCAGCAGC